CUGUGCUGGUUUUGGGAGCAAAAGUCGGGCAAUUCCGCACUUCGUGUUAAUUGCAAAUACCAGGGGCGGGUCAAAAGAGCUUUCCAUACUGCCUGUCCCUCCAGCACCGUUGUUCUUAACCACAACAUACAAGAGCUUCCACUUCCUCGUGCACCUACAAAAGUGGUAUCAUAUGCGUAUGAUGUUGCCUUCUUCUGCCGACAAUAUCACAUUGAUCAGGCUGCACAGCUCCUCUCAGAAUUCAUGCUUGAUGUCGUAAACUUCUUCACUCAGCGCUGGCUGACGAUCUCGGUAGCCAAGCCGUCCGUCACUGUUUUCACACUGGACCAGAACGAGUUCAAUCGUCACCCGGCCAUCAUCGUCAACGGCGAGUCUUUACCACUUGUCCGUAAGCCGAAGCUCCUUGGCAUCCGUUUUGAUCCGCUCUUCACGUUUGCGGACAAGGCAGUAGGCAAAGUGAGUCGCUGCACCAAGGUCCUCAAGGUUCAAGCGGGCACAUCCUGA